CUUUUAGCCAUGGAUUACCCUAAAACAGCAGUUCCUACUAACAUCUUCACUGAACGCGGGUCCAAUAUCGUCGUCAUCAAUCCAGGUUCCGCAAAUAUUAGAAUAGGAUUGGCUCAACAUGACACUCCAUUCAAUAUACCUCAUUGCAUUUCCCGUCGCACUAGUCAGUUACAGAAACGAAAUGCUCAAGAUCAAAUGCUGAAUUCUCAGGUUACAACUGCACAGCAUAUGGAACGGGAAAGAGCGUAUGACAUUGUUGCGUCGCUAUUGAGAAUUCCAUUUUUGGAUGAGGAGGUAGCUAACAAUUCUUAUCCACGCAAGAUGGGGCGUGUAGACGCAUAUCCUCCGCAAAAUAACAUGAAAGAGCCCGUGUUCACUUGGACUGAUGUUUUCGAGAAAAGUGUCCCUCAUUCUUCAACAACAGAAGAAGAUGUACCCAACGAGGGCGAUACCAGCGAGUCGCCCACUCUGAAGGAAAGCAAGAUUAAGGUUGAACCUAAUUCCAGUGAACGUAAAUAUAGAGAGUACAUAUGUGGAGAGGAAGCUUUAAGAAUACCCCCAACUGAACCAUAUUGCUUGCGGCGUCCUAUACGCCGAGGUCAUCUGAAUGUAUCUCAAUAUUACCCGACGCAGCAGGUUCUCGAAGACCUGCAUACUAUAUGGGAGUGGAUUUUGGUUGAGAAAUUGCAUAUUCCUCAUCAUGAGAGAAACAUGUAUUCUGCAAUCCUUGUUAUUCCAGAGACAUUUGACAAUCGUGAAAUCAAGGAAAUGCUAUCUAUUGUGUUGCGUGACUUACGCUUUGGUUCAGCAGUAGUCCACCAGGAAGGUCUUGCUGCAGUUUUUGGAAAUGGUUUAUCAACAGCAUGCAUUGUCAACAUAGGAGCUCAAGUGACAUCUGUUAUCUGUGUUGAGGAUGGAGUGGUUCUACCCACAACACAGAUAUCUUUACGGUUUGGUGGAGAGGAUAUAUCAAGAUGCCUUCUCUGGACUCAGAGGCAUCAUCAAACAUGGCCACCUAUUCGGACUGAUGCCCUGUCAAAGCCUGUAGAUUUGCUGCUGCUUAACAGACUUAAGGAGUCCUACUGUCAGAUCAAAGAGGGGGAAGUAGAAGCUGUUGCUAUGAUACAUUCAUAUGAAGAUGGAAUGCAACCUGGAUCUCAUAAGACUAGGCUGACUGCUCUUAAUGUUCCCCCAAUGGGUUUAUUUUACCCAAUGCUUUUGGUUCCAGAUGUCUAUCCUCCGCCACCCCGCUCUUGGUUUAACGAUUAUGAUGAUAUGCUUGAGGACACAUGGCACAUGGACUUCCCUGGUGGUGGUGCAUAUCCGAUGUGGGAGAGCUACCCAGUUUUCCAAACAAAGCCAAAGAAAGAAGAUAUUAUUGGACUUGCUGAAGCUAUUACAAAGAGCAUUCUUUUGACAGGGCGUAUUGAGCUACAGAGAAAGUUGUUUUGCAGCAUGCAACUGAUUGGUGGAGCUGCAUUGAUUUAUGGUCUCAUUCCUGCUGUGGAGGAAAGAGUUUUACAUGCAAUCCCUUCACAUGAAGCAAUUGACACUGUGGAGGUCUUGCAAUCGAGAACAAAUCCAGCAUUUGUGUCGUGGAAAGGCGGAGCAAUCCUCGGAAUUCUUGAUAUUAGUAGGGAGGCCUGGAUUCAUCGUGAGGACUGGAUUAAAAAUGGAAUUCACAUUGGCAGUGGGAGAAAGCACAAGGAUUCAUGUUAUCUUCAAGCACAGGCAAUGUGCUAUCUGAAUUCAUAAGAGCUUUCUGCAGGGUUAUGAGAUUUGAUAAAGAUCGAAACUGGAGCUUGCUAGCUUAUCUUGAAGACAAAAGAACUGUAGGCCUCCCUCUGGACUCAUGUGGUAGCCCUUGUGAACGACGAUUCGAUAAUCCUGAAACCUGAAAAAUUAUUCAAGAAUUAUCACUGAGCAAGGCCAAUCUGAAGUACAUCCUAAUUUCUAGGAAACUUAAGUCACAGUAUAGGGUUAACUAAUCUUGGUAUUCUAACUUAUUUAAGACUAUUUUAUUCUCAACUUUGUGGAAUUUUCAUAGAAUUGGUUUGCUAGCUGACCCUCGAUGUGAAUAAUUAACUUGGGGGGAAUUUAAUUAGUCAAAUAAAAAUAUGAUUAUCGUGUUAUAUUCAAAAUUAAA